GCUCCACUAUAAUACUCCCCUCUAAGCUCGUCCAUAAGAGGCAGAGCCGCCCCCCGGCCCGGACACUCCCCACCCGGCUGCAUCCCCUCCCUUCCCCGUUGCCAACCUGUUCGUUCGCCGCGGGGUCUCCGCGUCCAGCACCUCACUUUCCUCUCAAGUCUGCGGCGAAGAGGUCCACCAUGGGCUGGCUCUGCCUCUCGGUUCUUCUGACGGUUCUUGUGUCGGCCUGGGCCGGGAGGUCGGACGCGCCACGCGGAGUCGCGGUCGGUUUCGUGUUCGACCCCAAAGCGACCUGCGACCCUCCGUGCGAGCACGCGGGAGUCUGCAUCCGGAACAACACUUGCUUCUGCUCCCGAGGAUACGAGGGCGAGACCUGCCAGUAUGCCAACUGUUUCCCCAAAUGUAAGAAUGGAGGAGUGUGUCUUCGCCCUGGAAAAUGCAGAUGCUCUCCCGGUUUCGGAGGACGAUACUGUCACAAAGUGACUUGUGACGGGGGAUGCUGGAACGGCGGAGAAUGCACGGCCGUCAACGGCGUGGCCAAGUGCAUCUGCCCCUCGAGCUGGGCCGGCACCAAAUGUCAAGAGGCGAUCUGCCCUCAGGGCUGCAGGAACGGCGGCAUCUGUGUGUCUCCAGGAAUCUGCAGCUGUCCGGACGGCUGGCUGGGCGGCGCGUGCCACACCGCUGUGUGUCAUCAGUCCUGUCUAAACGGCGGGAAGUGUGUCGCGCCCAACAAGUGCCGCUGCCGCCCGCCGUACUCUGGUGCCCGCUGUGAGGAGAAGAAGAAGAGCCACUAGAGGGAGGAAGGUCGAGCGAUCACCUCAGCUCCUCAUUAAUGUUGUCUCCACUCACUUAUGUCCUUUUUCGAUGUUGAGCUGUUCAAUGAACACACGACUGUAGCCCGAACAGUUUUAGGAAUAAUCGUGUUUUAUUUAGUCGCACGACAAA